CAAUCAAUCAAUGCAUCCACAAUUCCUGUGCUACCUUGCUGAAAGCUUUCAUGGGGAGCAAGCUUCUGUCGUGGGCCCGAAUGCACGAGUUAUGUGCUUCCAUACCGUGAUUUCCAAGUCUCGACACUUUGUACCUGGAUCAUGAUUGCGGCGGGGCAUCAUCGACGAAUGUGAUGUGGCGUAUCCCGUGGUUGUGUCUGGACUAGGGAGAGUGCCAGUAUCGGGAUUGGCAUCAUGAUACGGAUCCCUUGGGCUCGGCUCAACUUUCAUGCAUGAUUCACGAAGAUGCGGAAGCGAUGGUCCAGGAUUUCCUGACGAAAGCGCUCCCAAUUCAGAGGGACAGUUCGGCACGGUCGCCAUCCUCGCUGAUCAGGCUGCCAUGGGAAAUUAGCGAGCUUAUUGCUAUGCAGCUGACCACAAAUGAUGCCCUAUCGCUUCGUCUCUGCUCGAGUGUGUUUCUGCCGCUUCUACACAGUCGUUGGUUUUGGCGACCCCGUUUCUGUGGGCACGCAGAGCGGAGCUACUACUUUGAGGGUAUAGAACUCCAGACACUACCUGACCUCAUCUCGGCCUCCAAAAACCUCUCCAAGAUGGAGAUGGAACAUACGGCCGGCGUACUGCAAAGAACGCGAGUCUGGAGCCUAGUCGCACAAUUUUCAGACUUGGCGAGGCUUAAGCUUCCAAGCCCGAUUCACAUUCUACCCGCACCGCCCGAUAUCGAAAUUGAAUGGUUCCACGUUUCCGGUACCAUUUGUCCCGACAAGCUACAAUUGAAUCUGCUGCUAGGCUGCAAAACUUUAUUUGGAUGCCAGGCUACGCUGAGACAAGAGCCAGCUAAAGUGACUGUGUUUAUCUGCCUGCCGGGAAAAUUGAAUUACGUCUGUGGCUUACUUUUCCAAUGGCGCGAUGGGCCAACAUUGAUGAUGGGCUAUUGCAACUCGACGACUUUCACAACUAUCGAUAUUCGUUCGCUUGCCGGUUUCGUCGUUGCUGUUGGUCUCAAGCGCAUACAUGCCAUCAAACUCGUCGAUAAUGACGGCAAAGCGUCGCCAUGGGCUGGUCGGCCGGGUUAAGCCCUCAUCACGGAGCGACUCCUUCGUAAUUUUCCUCCGGAAGCUCUAGAAGUAGACUUUGAUGGUUUCAAGAUGGUCAGGAUCGGGAUUGGCAUUGCACGCGGCGGGACCAAAGAAUCAAGCCCCCUCCGACAGGAUGCUCUGUGGUACCCGAGCCCGCCUGCAGAGUCCGUGCAAUUGAAUGACCACUUGUUCAC